UUUAUUAUCACAACACAUUACCAUGUUUAUAUUUUCAUAUUGUCAUAGGAUGAAAUAACAGCUUUACAUUUUGCUGUUAUGGAUGGACAUAUUGAUUUAACAAAAUGGUUAAUAGAUCAAGGAUGCAGUCCUUGGGUGAAAACAAAUGAGGGCCAGACUCCUUAUGAUAUGGUAACAAUAGAAAUAUAUGACUCUGAAGAGAAAAAAAGGAAGAAGAAAGAAUUGAUGGACUUCCUAAAGACUGUCAUGUCAAAGACAUCCCCAGAAGUAACUCCUGACACCCAAUCACGGGAACCUGCAGCCCCAGUAGUUGAAGAUUUCAUCGAGAAAGGGAAACAGUCUGCCAUGUUAAAUCGUUUACUAGGGAAGGGCAGCUAUGAAUCAUUUGAUAUGAGAUGCAUGGUGACCGGCCAGUUUUCAGUUGGAAAGUCGACUCUUGUGAAGCUGUUAGCUGGGGAUGUCAUACCAGAAGGGCGACAUCCAACUGAUGGAAUUUCUCUCGUUGAAGGUCGCUGUGGUCUUGAUAUUGAGACAAAAAAUUGGAUUCUUAUUGAUCCAGAGGCUUAUAAUGCACUGGAUGUUGUGUACAAUAAGGUGUUAAUGACCUCUCUGGAAGAGGAGGAAAGUGAAUUAACCGAAAAGUUCGACCAGGCUUCAGAUACAAGCCCAACUGGUUAUGCCAAAGCCACACUUUCAUCUUUGCCCUCAAAACAGUCUGCAGCAGCACAAUCUCUACCACCUCAGAAAUCCUCCAAUGCGCCUCUCACGGUAAAACAGAUGAAAGAGAAAAUGAAAAGCAGAAUGACUAAAGAAGAAAUACGAAGGAGAAUGGAAAAAGUCCUCAAAAGUGGGAAGUAUAAGAUGAAAGUUGGACGUCUUAUUUUCUGGGAUUUUGGUGGACAAUAUGUUUACUUAACAACACACCAGACAUUCAUGACGUUCCGAGCGUUGUUUCUUGUAGUAUUUGAUGGGAGCAAAGAUUUGCAUGAACAGGUCCUUGGUGUGAUGUGUUUUCCGGGGCAGCACAUGACGCCAACUCCAGCAGUAUUCUUGCAAUAUUGGGUCAAUUCCAUCCUGACCUAUUGUAAGAUUGUAUAUGCAGGCAUUCCAAAGAUCUUGUUUGUUGCCACUCACAAGGACAAAGUACCAAGGGAGAAUGUUGAGACACGACGUGAAGAGCUUUACAGUGGAAUUGAGGAGUUGUUUAAAGACCAUGAAGUACAGCAUCAUCUGGUCCUUAGGCCUCUAAUAUUUGUCAAUGCCAAAGAUCAAGCUGACCCAGAAAUAGAAGUUCUGAGGAAAACAAUUACAGAACUUACUUUCGACCACCCAUGUUGGGGAGAAAGGAUGCCGAAUGCUUGUGUACCACUAGAGCUCGAGAUCGCUGAAGGGAAACAAAUUAUGUCAUUAGCUGAAGUUAAAGCAUUAAAUGCCAUCAGCGAGGUUUGA